GUUUCAGCUAAGGUCGCACUUCACUCCCUCUGCCUUGUCAGUUUGACUGUGACUUACUUGGUGUGCUUGUCUGGAUUCUGAUGACUGAACAGCAAAUGAAGUGCAGGAUAAAAGUAAUACUACAACAUUUCCCAGUGCAUGUCUAAGCUCUCUAACCAGGCAGAGCUCAAGACCACCCUCUGCUGGCAAAAAGAGGCAAAGAAAACAUCUGAGGAUCCUGCAGGAUUACACUGUAUAUGCUGCAUGUAAUCCCUCUAUGUAUUGAAGGGGCUCUGGCAUUUUUUGUGUGAGUGGGUAUCCAUUUGAUAAAUUCUUCACCGCUCCUACUGCUGAAAGCACAUCAUCAAAGAUGACUUUGUAGCUACUGAGUGCACACAGAAUAGAAGAAAAGCAACAUCAGGCAUGGAGGCUUUAAAUUCUUCUAGUAGAGUGACUUCAGCUUCACCCCCCACCUCCACUACUCCCUCAAGUUCAUUCUACCUGCAGUUCUUCCAUGAAUACCAGGACAAAUCUGUCAUUGAAAAGCAUUACAACUACACUGAGAAGCUGAGCAACCGUGAUAAGCUCAAACCUGAAAGCAUUGCCUUACUGGCAGUGUGUGUCCUCAUCAUCCUGGAGAACACUGUGGUUCUGCUUGCCAUUUGGAGGAAUAAAAAGUUCCACCUGCCCAUGUAUUACCUGCUGGGAAACCUGACUCUGUCAGACUUGCUGGCUGGUAUUGCCUACAUGACCAAUAUCCUCCUAUCAGGAAAAAAUACUUUAAAACUGACACCGUUGAUGUGGUUCAUCCGGGAGGGAGGGGUCUUUAUCACUCUGGCUGCCUCUAUAAUUAGUCUACUAGCCAUUGCGAUUGAACGCCAUGUCACUAUGGUGACUAUGAGGCCGUAUCAUGGGGCAAAGCGGGGACGCAUGUUGGCACUAAUUGGUGCGAGCUGGGCCGUGGCAGGGUUUUUGGGAAUCCUCCCAAUAUUGGGAUGGAACUGCAUCCGCAGACUGGACCAGUGUUCAACGGUGCUCCCGCUUUAUGCCAAAAGCUACCUUCUGUGCUGCGUGUCUGUGUUCAGUGCUGUGCUCUUGGCCAUCGUGGUGCUUUAUGUGCGUGUUUUCCGCAUCGUCCGCACCAACACACAGCGCCAGCGGCUCGGCUUGUCAGGCAGCAUAAGGAAGGGCUUAGCUAGGAAGUCAGAGAAGUACAUUGCUCUCCUCAAGACAGUCACCAUUGUAUUGGGAGUCUUCAUCGCCUGUUGGCUGCCCCUUUUCAUUCUCCUCCUGAUAGAUUUUUCCUGCCCCACCCGCGGAUGCCCCGUGCUCUACAAGGCUGAGUACUUCCUGGGAGUAGCCAUUAUCAACUCGCUCCUCAACCCCAUCAUCUACACACUGACCAGUAAGGACAUGAGGAGAGCCAUUCUGAGGCUCCUCUGUCGGCCAUGUCUAAUGACCUCAGAUGGGCAGGUGAAGAAGAUUGGGAUGCCGUUCCUGGAGUGCAGUUUCAGUAAAACUGAGGUGCCCUCCCAGAAGUUAGAACCGGGUCUGGAGACAACUAUUUCAUCUGGAAACGUCAUCACCACUCCAUCUCCAGUUAAAGCCCUAUACCCCAAACUUUUCAAGUCAUAAAGACUUUGACUGACUGUGUCCAAAAUGUGUAAAUGGGUUUCCCGCUGAAUAGAGGAUAUGUAGCGCAUCCACUAUUGAGAGACAGUUCUGUUUUGUUUGUUUUUUUCAAAGAGCCAUAAAAAGGGGGCGUAUAAAAGACGAUGACUCAUCUUUGACAGUGUGGCGCAGUUAUGGCAAUAUAACUGAAUCACCAAAUUUCAUUUUGAUGAAGCAUACCAAACCAGAGAGCAAAGGAUGCAAUUCAAAUGUGAACAAGCAAUGGUUUUUAUGUGUAUGAUGCUAGCAAUACGUCUUCUUUAUUAAUUUGCACUGACAUAUGCAACCUUGGACUCAAUUUUUUCUGGGCUUCUGUAUUUUGUGUGAAGCUUAGAAGGACGCUUCUGUAAACUCAAAGAGUGAAAGACUGAAAACUAUGUACUUGCUGGAAUAAUAUGGAGGCUAACGUUUCUCAUCUUGCAGUUUCUUAAGUGCCUUAAAGUCAGAAUAAAAACUCCUAACAGUUACAGCGUGUAAUCUGCAGACACCUGGAUUUCGCUGGUUCGAAGACUGAUUGUGUGCUAGAUUUGCACGGGUAGAUGUUUGGUUACCCUACACGUAUCUGUGUACGUGAUGCAAAGGAAUUAAGUUAACAGGAAAAAGGUGGCACCCUUCCUGAAAUUGCUGAAUGCUGUAUGCAAAUAAAUUAUGUGGGAGAGGAGGUGCAGCAUUAAAACCCCCUAACAGUUUUGAAAUGACAGGUGGUUAACCUAUCUGCGGUAGACGUGGAAAGUUGUUGGGGUCGUGUCCAGUUUUUUUUAAAUGUCAACCUGACAUCUACAGUAAAAACUGCUGCAUUUACAAAAUGUCAUCAUACUUAGCAUCGGAUUAACUGAAAGAUAAUGUUACAAGUAAUGUUUACUUUCCACUGGCUGACAGCUUAACUCCAACUGAAACCAAAUCAGCUGCAGUUGCAUCACGUCAAGGCUUUACAUUCCAGCUUGUGAAGAAGACGACCUUAAAAAGAAGUUCAUUCAGCUGCAUCACAAGUUUUAUGGAUAAAAAUAUUUCUGCCUUUGUAAGUUACAGAUCAUGCUGAACUGGUAUAAAUUUACCGAGCAAUUGUUUCAGUGCUUCCUUUCAUUGUUCAUCAAGUUAACAGAACAUUUCAGUUAAAGGUACUGAAUGAUUUUUUUUCUUACGUCAUUCAAGACUUUAAUUGAUUAAAUGAGGUUGUGGUUUUUUUUGUACUAAAAUGUAUGUAGUGAACUUGAUGUAUUUGUGAGCAUAUUUUUUAUAUCUCUAUUGUAAAUUAUAUAUAUUUUGUAACAAGAAAACGUUAGCAAAAUUUGUGUUUCUUUUCAUAAAAGAAAUAAAGUGUUUCUCUAAAACAUUCCAAUGGGGUUUCAAUUUAUUUUCACUGUUAGUGCCCUGCAGCAUUCUUAAGUGCAUCAGUGUGUAUUAUUGUGUUAGUGUAGCUGUGGUUAAGCAAAGAAGUAUCACAGGAAGUCAGCCUCCCUCAUCUCACAUCUGGUAAUGGCAUUGACCUAUAUACAUCAACUUUUGCCUGUUUCUGAGUGGCUUAACCUCCACACAAUGCCUCUUUUAGUAAAUACUUCUUAACCAGUGGUUACGAGUUACUAUCACCUCACACUGAUCCGGCCUCCACAAUGCCAGUCAUAGUUAAAAUUUAGAGAAAUUACACAGCUGUUAUGUAUUCAGUUAAGCUACAAUAUAUUGGUUGAUUUGCAGAAAACUAAAAGAAGCUGCUUUUCAGUUCUUGUUGAUUUUUGUUUUGUCAGGCCACCAUUAAAAAAAUGUCAAUAAUGCAAAGCACGUCUAGUGUGACAGACAGCAGAUUUUUCCGUGUGAUUUUAACUGUCUUUGCCCUAAAGGCAUUCUGUAGUCAACCAUAACCCCCUCUUCCAGGCAUUUGGCAGAGCUGUCCUGUGCUCCACCUUGCUUUUUGCUGCAGCAGACUCAACUGUUAAAAGUUAGAAGUCAUGACCAGUGACUUAUAAAUAGAAGAAGUUGGUAAGUGGUUUUCAGGGUUUUUUUUAAAUGUCACACCACUGUUAGAAAUAAACUGUCAAUAAUGCCCAGCACACCAAGUGUAAUAGUGUACCCAAUGUAACUUU